UCAGCGCCGCCUGCUCUGACUAUAGACAAUAUUGGCAUCGCACUACCUGGGUGCUGAGGCAAAGCACAGCUAACAGCGCAGAGGAUGUAUUGGGUUUGUUUGGGAUGCGUAGCCGUGUUUACUGAUGACAGAAUAUGAAUUGAAAUCCAAAGGCAACCAUGAAGGAACUGAGCACAUACUCAGGGAUUAUAAUCGUGGCACUACAGUUUAUCACAGUGUCUGGUCUAGAGUGCAUAACAUGUGAUUGGAAUGCUGGACAGACAAAUGGUACGGACGAUUGUGUGUCUGCUCCGUAUGAGCUGGACAGACAGCAGUGUGAGACGACUGGAAAUAACAACGUUUACAGCUGUGAGACAACCCUGACUUUCAAGAUGGUCAAAACUCGGUCCUAUCUUGAAAGCAUUUCACGAGGCUGCAAACUUCAACAUUACUACUGUAACAAAGAGUGCAACCCUGCAAAAAAGAAAGAUUGUUUCCUCUGCUGCGAGGAAGGUGGAUGCAACAGUGUACCGUUCUCCAUGGGUUUGCUGCCAUUCAGUCUCUACUAUAACACUACCAGCGAGGCGACACCAACCACAUGCGUAUUCCGAGGCCUUUUAACAGCAGAAGUCCUGUUAGCCUCCUGGAUGAUUUUGAACUAAUACAUGAAACUUGAUCGAUAAAUAGGCAGCAUUCGAUAGGGUUGGUGUGAAUUGGACCCCACCGAUUUCAUUCCAGAUAGGACAUUGCCAAUGCGAGAGUUUAAGAUUUAGUGCUGAUAACUACUAUAGUGACUAUAUAAAUGUGAGCAGUAGAGUUAUGUCCCUUUGUAUAAUGCAUUAAUAUAUUUUAACAACCGGUGCCAGCUCUUCAAUAUUUAGCGUAUUUAUUACGAUUGGACAGAAACGAGAACGGUUGAAAUCAUACUUUUCAACAACACAGGUAUAUAAGACAAAAAGGCAAGUCAUUGAGAAAAAUAGAGUACGGUGUACGGUCACAUGACCUACAUGUAUAUAUAUAUUGACACAUUCUUAGACUAACCCAAUGUAUUUCCUACCUUAAUACAACUAUACUCUCAGAUAGUUACAUUGUGUUGAGUCCUGUGUUGUGAAUUCUGAUUUCAAUGAGAAAAGGAUAAUUCACUAAUGUUUUGAAGACUAAAUGGUAUAAUGUUUGUGAGCCAGUAUUAACUUAAUAGAUUUGUGGUGACUGUGCAGUUUAUAGUGUAAGAAAACGCGCGGUCAAUAUGUGCAUUUGAGUCUGACACAGCAGACAAAGUCAAAAUGAAUGUGAAGUUAAAGUCAAGCUAAUCAAUUUAAACAGUUGAACCUCCCACCCCCUACCCCCUCCACAAAAUCAAAGAAAUACAACGUCCACAUCUCUACGUAUGCGAAAUACACGUGUCUACAUUUGAGAUAUUUUCAGUUCGGGAACCACAGUUUCCUAAUUCCUGUCUUGGAAGUAUAUCAAACAAUAAAUAGGAGACGUGCUGUCGUUAUAUUGUGAUUUAAUAGGCGCUAGCAUAUCUACCACCGAAACGCUCUACAUACAGUGUACAUGUUGUGCAGUAUUUACAUAAUACUUUGAUAUUUAAGUAUUUCAUAUACCAUCCGUUCUACUGCGUUCCUUAUUUAUCUGUACGUUUUCUGAAAGUAUAACAAAUAAGUUGUUGAUUCAGCAAUGCCAGUUUGGAGGUUUACAUCCCGAUUAAGUGGUUGGAGAAAAAGAAUAAUUUUAUGUACGUCUGGGAGAUAUGCAAAUGGUACCAUCAGGUGUAAAAAUUAAAUAAAUAUUUUUUUUUAUUGUGAAUCUAAGUAUAGAAUCAUAUAAGUGUACGUCAUCGAAAUAAGCUGUUCCCUUUAAUGAAAAAAGAAAAUCUCAUCACAUCGAAAUAUAGAAACGCAUGAUCAGAAGUUAUCCACUUGACUGCAAUGUACUCUUUGUCGUGUAAAUAAGGACCUCCGACGAGAUGUGAGGUUUAUUUAACAUUUAACAUCACAUCUCGUGCUCAAUUAAGAUUCAUGUGAACUUUUCCAACAAGUUCUUGCACAUUCAUUUGUUCAUCACAAAUGAUUUUGCGCUUCAUCAAGUUUCCUUGAUAUAUUUGUACACGUGUGGAGCGUACAUGUACAGUUUGUACGUCGAUUUAGUAUCAUUUGCGCUUUUACAAUGUAAGUAAUGUUAAACAUCACCGCGCCCAGUGUACAUGCUCUCGCCCAAUGACAAGACCAGUGAUUUGCUGUCUCCGCGACACAUCUAAUAAAUGUAUACUAUCUUAUAGUGACUGUGUUUAAUUGUAAAAUUACUAUAAUUACUUUCAUUUCGAAUACUGAAAUUUCAUUGCUGGUUUUCCGUCAGUGCUGAAGUGCGUUACAUCUUUGUUUUAAAGUCUUUAUAGAUAUCUAUCUAUAAACAACAACAACAGUACAAACAAUAAGACCAACACCUCUACUUGAUGCGAACAUGAUUAAUCCUAGUACUAAUAUCAAUACCCGGCCUCACGCAAUCUAUAAAAAAAAAUCUCUCGUCGUCAGAAAGCUACGUUAUCGCUGCUAGAUUAAACCAUGGAAGGGGACAGGUGAGAUUUCAAUGUUUCUCGAUCUGUUUGUUGCAUCUCAACACCUGAUUAAUGUAUUCGUUGUUUUGCAUGUACAUAUCAACCCGCAUUGCUAAAACCAUCGUUAAAAUCGUUACCAGUACAUAGUAAUCAUUAUUGUUAGUGAAUUUGUUUAUAUGUUGUUAUAGUUAAAUAUGAAUAGUUUGAAGAUGUAUUUGUCUAUCUUUAUGAAGUUACAUAUAUAAUAAUUAACCUUUGGUGAUUAGUUAUUUAGUUAUUAAUCCAAUAGGCCGAAUUCAAUACUUGAUUAAUUGACGUAGAUCGUAUAUGUUAUCCAGUAUCCAAGAACGAGUAUCGAUAGUCAUGUUAUUUAGAUACGUGGGAGAAAGAUGGACACCCAAUCUCCUUCGUGUUUGCAUAACUUAUGCUUAUAUGCAUUUUUCGUUACGAUUAAAUGAUUUCGUGAAAUGUGAAUUUAUCUUGUACACAUGUUCAUAGAUACUAUAACAGUGCCACCUUGUCAUACAUAUGUAUACAUAUAUGUACGUGUAUUUUAUAUACAACUAGGAUAAGAGUAAAUGGUAUAAAGAUGUGUCAAAUUCGUUUACAAAACUUCAAAAAAACAUAUAACGUUCAUGUCUAAUUGUUCAGAAACAUACUAUACUAAUUGUUGCGCAAGCGUGACGAGAUGACCAUAUACAAGAAGAAAAAAAAUAUGCAAAUCAUGGAGAUACUAAAUGCAUUUCACAGUACUGUUAACUUUUGUUAUAAAUACAGACAAUACAAUAAUGAAAUAUGUUCAUUUUACUUUAAUCAAUUCUAACAACAUUUAUUAACGUAGACUAAUUUACCAUCAUAGUUAAUACAAGGAAAAGCGUGAUCAUAUGAGUCAUUUUUGAAUUCGAACUUGUGUUUUCUUAAUUUUGCACACAUCAGCGACACAUUUAUAAUAUUGUCGUCGAUAAUACUAAAUAACCGUUUUUCCUUAAUUUUCAUAUGAGGUGUAGUUACUGCAAGAACAUAUGUAAUUAUAAACAUCUCAACAUUGCAUGAUUUAAUUAAUUGUUGUCAUUUGACAACAUAUUUUGCGCAUUUGGAAAAACACUAAACAUCAUUUUAUCUUUUCAUUAUUGAAAUAAAAUCCCCCAGCCUUGUCAAAAUGCUAACAUGAAUUUAAUCAAAACAAAAUGUUAUACUACGUACUCUGUAUUAUGAAUUGUUGUUUAUACUCUAUUAUAUUCUUCGUCAUUUGAAGAAGAACUUCAUUUGCUUAACCAUCUAAUUUCAUGUUUGCCGUAUGCUGGUUUACUCUUUGUCUGUAUUUUAUGUAUUUUGGAUGAAAAUACAUGUAGAUGAGUCACAGUGUUUGUUUUAUCAACUCAGAGUCGACACGAAAAAAAUAACCAACACAAACAGUGCGGUGUGAUACCACGAAGACUUGACGGGUAUCAUCCACCCAAUGUGGCACCCGUCGUCACGUCUCAUGUCAAAUCGAGAUAAACAAGGCGGUCAUAAACGGCGUCAGACAUCAUGAAUGCUAAAUCUAGACCAAAAUCACAUACCGUACUGAAAUCAGGUCAUAUGACAACCAUAAAAUUUGCCAAGCGUAGCAUGAAUGUCUCUGGUAGGAAACCAAGGCUACAUUUAUUAUUAAUUGAUAUGGCAAUCUUUCCAUGAUAAUUGAUACGUAGAAAACAUUUAUUUAUCUAAACAGUUGUGACAUGUAAAUUAAAUCUGAUGAAAUCUUACUACCAAGGAAAUCACAUGAUUAUUAUCUUAUAUAACUGUUAUUUCCAUUAUUUUAUUAUACUUUAAUCUUUUCAUCUUGUUAUAAUAAUAAAUUGAACUUAUUUUACAAUUUAAUAUAUCUUAUGUGGAAUGUAUGAUUUUGAUUCUUUCAACUCCACUUAGAUACACAUUGUACAUGGAUGUAUACUGUUUCUCUAGUCUUAAAGUGUGUACAGCUGUAAACGUGUGUGAAAUAAAACAAAAAAUAAAUUA